CUCUCGUGUAACCUAACAUGCACACAUGAUCUAAACCAAGAAAGAGGGCCCGACAAAGACAGAGGUUGCUCUUUUUUGCUCGCUUCUAUCUUCUUAUAUUUUCCCUUAUACCUUUCCUUACUUUUCUCUUUUUAACACUAAAGCGUUAUUACGAAACAUGUCGGCUGGGCGGAAAAAGGUUCUCUUGAAGGUUAUAAUCCUCGGCGACAGCGGUGUCGGAAAGACAUCCCUUAUGAAUCAGUAUGUGAACAAGAAGUUUUCAAAUCAAUACAAAGCAACAAUUGGCGCCGACUUUUUGACCAAGGAAGUCCUCGUUGAUGAUCGCCUGGUGACCAUGCAGAUAUGGGACACGGCUGGUCAGGAACGUUUCCAAUCGUUGGGUGUGGCGUUUUACCGUGGUGCGGAUUGCUGCGUGUUGACAUACGACGUGAAUAACAGCCGAAGCUUCGAAUCAUUGGAUCAAUGGCGAGACGAGUUUCUCGUCCAGGCUUCACCAAGAGAUUCGGAGAGUUUCCCGUUUGUGCUGUUGGGUAACAAGAUUGAUGUAGAGGAGUCGAGACGCAUGGUUUCUCUGAAGCGCGCCAUGGCGUGGUGCCAGUCCAAGGGCAAUGUCCCGUACUUUGAGACAUCUGCAAAGGAGGCCAUCAAUGUUGAACAAGCUUUCCAAACCAUUGCAAAGAACGCCCUGUCGCGUGAAACGGAUGUUGAUAUUGACUUCCCCGAUACCGUUCAUAUUUCAAACACUGAUCGACAAAGUCCUGAGCCUGGUUGUGCAUGCUAAAUCUCUUACAAACGGCAACAAAUGAAAGGACACGGGUUAUCUAAUGAGUAUAGCUUUUGCGGCUCGAUUCUUUCUUUCACUCUGCCUCUCUCUUUUUACCCUCCAUACACCAAACUUCUCCUGUUUGCAAUAAAAUCAACAUUCCCCCACUUC